GUGUCGCGACGUGGAGUCGUCUUCUUUCGCGGCCAGACUGAAAUGACGAAUGACAUCCAGAAGCAUAUGAUCCAGCGCAUGGGAGAACUCGCGGGAAAGCCCAAGGAAUCAACCCUGCACAUCCAUCCCGUGCUCAACCCCCAGCGAGCCAUGGGUGGUGACGAUCUACACAUCAGCACCAUGAACUCCCGCCAGAGGAAACUUGUCAAUGGCAAGUCGACGCCGCGCGACCUGGGAGACGAGAGACAAGUGUUUGAGUCGUGGCACAGCGACAUUCAGUCUGAGCAAGUUCCAUCCGACUACACCUGCUUGCGACUCGUUGAACUGCCCGAGAUUGGAGGAGAUACGCUCUGGGCAUCCGGGUAUGAGAUCUACGACCGCCUCAGCGAGCCGAUGCGCAAGUUCCUUGAACAACACACAGCAAACUACACUGCGCCCUUCUUUGAUCGAAUCAUCAAGAACGCACACAUCAAAACAUAUACAGACGCACGUGGACACCCUGAAAACACCGGCCACCCCCUCAAGGCUGUGCACCCGGUCAUCCGCACCAACCCCGUGACGGGCUGGAAGAGCGUCUUCGCCAUCGGCGCAUACGUACGUCCCGCAUCCAUCAACGGCUUGACGCCCCCAGAGAGCGAAAUGAUCCUAGACUGGCUCCGGAAAAUUGUGCUCCGCAACCACGAUCUGCAGUGCCGAUUCAGGUGGCAGGGUCCCGGUGACAUGGCUAUCUGGGAUAACCGCAGCAUGCUCCACAAUGCCACGACCGACUACGAUGAUUUGGGCGAGCGCUUCGGACACCGCGUGUGCGGCAUCGGCGAGAAGCCCUACCUCGAUCCUAACAGCAAGUCGAUGCGCGAGGCACUGGCCGAGGAAGGAGAAGUCGUUCCUUAA